CGCGCGGUGGAGCCAAAUUUGAAGUGAGAAGAAAUGUAGGGGUGCGGCCACGAAGCUGGACUGGUUAUAGUUUCCUUGGCUACCUGGACUCCCGGAGUCCAGCCAUCAUGCCUAUCCGUGCGCUGUGUACUAUCUGCUCCGACUUCUUCGAUCACUCUCGCGACGUGGCCGCCAUACACUGCGGCCACACCUUCCACUUGCAGUGCCUAAUUCAGUGGUUUGAGACAGCACCAAGACGGACCUGUCCACAGUGCCGAAUCCAGGUUGGCAAAAGAACCAUUAUCAAUAAACUCUUCUUUGACCUUGCCCAGGAGGAGGAAAAUGUCUUGGAUGCAGAAUUCUUAAAGAAUGAACUGGACAAUAUCAGAGCCCAACUUUCCCAGAAAGAGAAGGAGAAACAGGACAGCCAGAUCAUCAUUGAUACUCUGCGAGACACACUGGAAGAACGCAAUGCCACUGUGGAAUCUCUGCAGCAGGCCUUAGGCAAGGCUGAGAUGCUGUGCUCCACACUCAAAAAGCAGAUGAAGUACUUGGAGCAGCAGCAGGAUAAGACCAAACAAGCACGGGAGGAGGCCCGGCGGCUCAGGAGCAAGAUGAAGACCAUGGAGCGGAUUGAGCUUCUACUCCAGAGCCAGCGGCCUGAAGUGGAGGAGAUGAUUCGAGACAUGGGUGUGGGACCGCCAGCAGUGGAGCAGCUGGCUGUGUACUGUGUGUCCCUUAAGAAAGAGUAUGAGAAUCUAAAGGAGGCACGGAAAGCCUCAGGGGAGCUGGCUGACAAGCUGAAGAAAGACUUGCUUUCCUCCAGAAGUAAGUUGCAGACAGUCUACUCUGAAUUAGAUCAGGUCAAGCUGGAGCUGAAGUCAGCCCAAAAGGACUUACAGAGUGCUGACAAAGAAAUCACGAGCCUGAAAAAGAAGUUAAAAAUGUUGCAGGAAACCUUGAACUUGCCACCAGUGACCAGUGAGACUGUCAACCGCCUGGUUUUAGAGAGCCCAGCCCCUAUGGAAAUGUUGAACCUGAAGCUCCGCCCACCAUCCUUUAGUGAUGAUAUUGAUCUCAACACUACCUUUGAUGUGGAUACACCCCCAGCCCGGUCCUCCAUCUCCCAGCAGCGCCACUCCAAGAAGCUCUGCCUAGAGAAGUCAUGCUCUUCCAUUCAGGACGUCCCUAAGAAGGUACCCAGAGAUUCUAAACAGGAAUCUCAACUGUCACUGGGUGGCCAGUGCUGUGUAGGAGAGCCAGAUGAGGAACUGGUUGGUGCCUUCCCUGUUUUCAUCCGGAAUGCCAUACUGGGCCAGAAACAACCCAAAAGGGCCAGAGCAGAGUCCUGUCGCAGCAAAGAUGUGGUAAGGACAGGCUUUGAUGGGCUUGGAGGCCGGACAAAAUUCAUCCAGCCUACUAACACAACCAUGAUCCGACCACUGUCUGUUAAGCUCAAGGCCAAGGCUAAGCAGAGAGUGGGGAUGAAGACAGCACACACUUUCUCCCAAACCAAGCUGGAUACCUUCCUAUGGUAGUUAGAACAGUGAGUCUGAGUAGUGGCCAGACAUACACCUCUACCUUGUAGACCAAGGACUGGCUAGGCAGGGCAUUUUUAGGAGAUAGGUACUCUGCCAAAACCAGCCCCGAAGCAAGGCCAAACAAGCAGGUGAGGGUAAGAGUGAUGGCCAGAGACGGUGCUCUUACUAUCCUCACCCUGUCCCGUCCCCACAACGUCAGACCUACUACCUUUGGGGACUGACAUGACCAGCUCAUCAUUCCUAUCAGCAGGGCCUGCUCUGAUCCUGGUUCCAUGCUUCUAUUUACAGCCAUGAUCAGAUGUGGCUGGGCUUAUUCUGGUCCUGGAAACCAGGGUCAUUUGGUGACUAUCUCUAUGGACCAAAGUGCUUGAGGAUUCUCAGGUAGCCUCAGCUUGAGCUUCUGUCUGCCUCUGACUUUGCUGCUAGGUAUGGCUUGGCACA